AUGCCAUCUACAGCUUUUCGCUUCGCUGAGAAGUACACGCAUCAGAAUGGAUUUGGUUCAUACCAUGAAACCGAAGCCGUGCAAGGAGCACUACCAAUUGGGCAAAACUCUCCGCAGAAGCCACCACUAGGUCUAUAUGCAGAGAAACUGUCAGGCACAGCAUUUACAGCACCUCGGCAGCAGAACCAACAGACAUGGCUCUACAGAGUUCUCCCGUCGGCUGCUCAUUCGGCGUUCCAGCCAAUACCCGGAGACGGUCGGGUGGCAUCUGCGAAACCUCAGAAUCUGCACUAUAUCCCAAACCAGAUGCGCUGGAACCCGUUCGAUCUUGAUGACUCGUGUGACUGGGUUUCCGGCCUACGGCACGUCGCUGGCGUAGGUGACCCAACGGUGAAGAGCGGCAUCGGCAUCAUAAUUUUCGCAGCAGGGAAAGACAUGGCCCAGCACAGCGCGUUCAGCUCUGGCGAUGGCGACUUUCUGAUCGUGCCUCAACACGGGGUUCUCGAUAUCCAAACCGAGCUCGGGAAAUUGCUGGUUCGCCCAAAUGAAAUUGCCGUCAUCCCCAGAGGCAUUCGCUAUCGGGUCACACUGCCCGAUGGUCCCGCCAGGGGCUAUAUCCUGGAGACGUAUGAGCAGCAUCACUUCACUCUCCCAGAGCUUGGGCCGAUCGGAUCCAAUGGCCUGGCCAACGCCAGGGACUUUCAAGCCCCUGUCGCCUCUUAUGAUAUGGACACGGAUAGCGAGUGGGAGAUCUUGAUCAAGUACGCGAAUCAGACUUACCAGGCCAGCCAACGCAACACUCCCUUUGACGUCGUGGCGUGGCAUGGACUAUAUUAUCCGUACAAAUAUGAUCUGGGCCGAUUCAACGUCAUCGGAAGCACCAGCUUCGACCAUCCGGACCCCAGUAUCUAUACCGUACUCACAGCGCAGUCUGCUUUUGCCGGCACAGCCAUAGCAGAUUUUGUUAUCUUCCCUCCCAGGUGGCUUGUUGCCGAGGACACAUUCCGUCCGCCCUGGUAUCACCGCAACACCAUGUCUGAGUUCAUGGGUCUCAUCUCAGGAGACUACGACGCAAAGACUGGUGGUGGGUUCAAACCGGCGGGCGCGAGCCUGCACAAUGUCAUGGCCUCCCAUGGACCAGACGCAGACACUCACCAGAGGGCGAGCGAAGCCGAGUUGAAGCCUACGAAAGUGGGAGAGGGAAGCAUGGCGUUCAUGUUUGAGAGCUCGUUGAUGGUGGGUGUGACUGAUUGGGGCCUGGAGCACUGCAAGAAAUUGCAGGCGGACUACAAUGCGCACAGUUGGGUGCCUCUAAAGCCGCACUUCGUGCCGCCAAAGGAGAAUGGAAAGUAG